AUGGCGCCCAGCAAUUGGCGGGAGGGGAGGCGCGUGUUGCUAAGCGACGAGGCGGGAGAGCGCGCGCACGCUGGAGCCGCUGAAGAGUUCUUAAGGGAUGCGUGGUGCGGCAGCUCCGAGACCGAAAGGACGCAGCGAAAGCUCCGCGUCCUCCAGGGGGUUUGCGGGGACGCCCUCUCAGAGGCGGCUGGGGGCUGCGCAUCUUCCACACUCAGGAGACAGGAUAGAGAUUCCUUCUGCCAUCAGAUGUCAUUCUGCUUGACUGAACUACACCUGUGGUCUUUGAAGAAUACCUUACACAUUGGCGAUAGAGACAUUGGGAUCUACCAGUAUUAUGACAAGAAAGAGCCAUCAGCAACAGAUCAUGGUAACUUAGAAGAAAAGCAGAGACUGGCAGAAUCACGAGAUUUUCCAUGGACGCUCAAAAACAGACGCCCAGAAAAACUUCGAGACUCACUCAAGGAGUUGGAGGAGCUGAUGCAAAACAGUCAGUGUCUGCUGAGCAAAUGGAAGAACAAAUAUGUCUGUCAGCUCCUGUUUGGUUCAGGUGUGCUGGCGUCCCUAAGCCUUUCCGGGCCGCAGCUGGAGAAAGUGGUGAUUGAUAGAAGCCUGGUGGGGAAGCUCAUCUCAGACACCAUCAGCGAUGCUCUUCUCACAGACGGCUUCAUCAUCCUAUCGUUUUUGGCACAAAACAAGCUGUGUUUUAUUCAGUUUGCCAAGAAGAUGAGCUCUCCUGAUACAAACAGAAGGCUGGAAAAGCUCUCAGCCUUGGACUAUAAGAUUUCCUAUUAUGAAAUCCCUGGCCCAGUAAACAGGACAACACAGCGUCGUCUCGCUAUCAAUUGUGUUCAAGACACGAUUGUUUGCUGGUGGCCACUGGUCAGUGAUGAUGCUUGGCCUUGGACCCCGAUUUCUUCUGAGAAGGACAGAGCCAAUCUGCUGCUCCUGAGUUAUGCUCAAGGAAGGCUGGAGGUUCUGAGUUCUGUACGCACAGAAUGGGACCCACUGGAUGUUCGCUUUGACACCAAACAUCCUAAUCAGGUGUUGACAGUGGAGUGCUCCAUCAGUGUAGACAGAGAGCCCGCGGCUGACAGCUGCGUCUAUGAAUGUGUUCGGAACAAAAUCCAGUGUGUAUCAGUCACCAGAAUACCACUAAAAUCAAAGGCCAUUAGUUGUUGCAGGAAUGCUACUGAAGACAAACUGAUUCUGGGCUGUGAAGAUUCUUCAGUAAUUCUUUAUGAAACUCACCGUAGAGUGACUCUCUUAGCUCAGGCUGAACUUCUGCCUUCAUUAAUAAGCUGCCACCCAAGUGGGGCCAUUCUCCUAGUUGGCAGUAACCAAGGGGAGCUGCAAAUAUUUGAUAUGGCUCUUUCUCCUAUUAACAUCCAGCUUUUGGCUGAAGACAACUCACCUAGGGAGACUCUACAAUUCAAAAAAUUCUUUGAUGUUUCUAGCAGUCUUGUUCAAAUGCAGUGGAUAGCGCCUCAGGUUGUUUCUAAGAAGCCUGAAAGUGGGGACAUCUAUAAUCUCCUCUUCCUCAGGUUUGACAGAGGACCUUUGGGUGUACUUCUGUUUAAACUUGGUAUCUUCACACAAGGACACCUGGGUCUGGUAGACAUCAUCUUCCAGUAUGUUCACUGUGAUGAGAUCUAUGAGGCAAUAAACAUCCUGAGUAGUAUGAACUGGGACACUCUGGGCUAUGAGUGCUUUAUCAGCAUGUGUGCCAUUGUAAACCAUCUUCUUAGACAAAAGCUCACACCAGAGAGAGAAGCACAGCUUGAGGCAAGCCUUGGAACCUUCUAUGCUCCAACAAGACCACUCCUGGAUACGACUGUAUUAGAAUACAGAGACCAAAUCAGCAAAUAUGCAAGGAGAUUCUUCCACCACUUGCUCAGGUACCAAAGAUUUGAAAAGGCAUUUCUGUUAGCUGUUGACAUUGGUGCUCGUGACCUGUUUAUGGACAUCCAUUACCUUGCACUAGAUAAGGGAGAACUAGCACUAGCUGAAGUGGCAAGAAGGAGAGCUAGUGAUAUUGAUGCAGAAUCAAUAACCUCUGGAGUUGGAGACUGGAGCAGAUAUGUGGAACAGAAGCACCAUUGAGAAAGAAAGAAAAGAGUGGCUCCUGAAGUUACUUAAGAGAGACUACAAACCAACAACAAUAAAACAAAACUAAUAACCAAAUUAUAGUGGUCCUUGUCUACUAAUGGCCUAUACCUGGAUAUCCUGUAAACUGUUUUUUUUUUAUCCUCUACCUAUUCUCUUGUUUUCCAUUGGUAUGAUAUUAUCUCUUAGCAUUGCCAGUUAUUUUUACUGAAUUCUAAUUAUUGAAUUAAAAAAUUAUACAUGUAUCAAUGGUGUUAUAUUCCUCCAGAGAAGAUUUUCCUUUUCCUGUGUUGGGCAAGAAGAAUGAGGGAUAACAACUUUAAUCCAGUCAGUAAAUGUGCUAAAUUGAUGCUGGGUUGUAAUUUUAGUAAAAUUCAGCCUACCUCUGACCUUCCUCUAUACCUACGUGUGUGUGUGUGUACAUACAUACAUACACAAAGACACAUAUAAUAAUGUUAUAUAUAUUGUUUAUGAUACAAUUUGUGGCAAGUGAAAAAGAUAAAAUUAAAAAAUUUUAUCCAGGUUUUUAUUUCUUCUCAGAUGGAAUUCUCGUGUGAUGCAAACUCUUCCACUCUACUUAAUAUUGUCUUAUCUUUCAAGUAAAUCUUGAAUUUUAUUGGAUAUUAGUGUGCUUACAAUAUUGCGUUAAUUUCAGGUAUACAGCACAGUGGUUCAGUUACACAUAUAUUCCGUUUUUUCAGAUUCUUUUCUCAUAUAGGUUAUUAUAGAAUAUUAAGUACAGUUCCACAUGCUAUACAGUAGAUCCUGGUUAUCUGUUUCCCAAGAUCCUAGUUUAUCCCUCCCCGCAACUUUUUCCUUUGAUAGCUGUAAGUUUGUUUUUGAAAUCUGUGUGAGUGUGGUUUUCUUUUCUUUUUUUUAAAUCAGCUCAUUUAUAUCAUUUGUUUAAAUUCUACAUAUGAGUGAUAAUAUAUUUGUCUGUCUCUAUCUGACUUCACUUUACUUCGUAUAAUAAUUUAUAGAUCCAUCUAUGUUCCUGCAAAUGACAUUAUUUCAUUCUUUUUUAUGGCUGAGUAGUAUUACAUUGAUAUUUUUACUAAUUCUUCCUUAUCCAUUCCUCUGCCUGUGGACAUUUAGAGUGCAUUCAUGUCUUGGCUGUUGGAAACAGUGCUUCUCUGAACACUGGGGUGCAUGUAUCUUUUCAAAUUAUAGUUUUCUCUGGAUAUAUAUAUGCCCAGGAAUGGGAUUCUUGGAUCAUAUAGUAGUUCUAUUGUUUAGUUUUUUUAGGGAACCUCCAUAGUGGUUGUACCAAUUUACAUUUCCACUAAUAGUGUAGGUGGGUUCAGUUUUCUACACACCCUCUUCAGCAUUUGUUUCUAGACUUUUUCAUGAUGGCCAUUCUAACCAGUAUGAGGUGAUGAUACUUCAUUGCAAUUCAGAUUUGCACUUCUCUAAUAAUUAGUGAUGUUGAGCAUCUUUUCAUGUACUUUUUGGCCAUUUCUUUGGAAAAAUGUCUAUUUAGAUCUU